AUGCGCACCACUUUCAUCCUCGCGCUGGUAAUUGCGGCCACUCUUCACGUCAGUGGUGCCUCACUUCCUUCGGCCAACAACCCCAACACUGUGGUCAAGAACGAUGCGUUGUCUGCUGCCACCGGCUUAAUCGACGCGGAGGGUGAACGGAUGCUUCGUCAUGUCGAGAAGGACGAAGGCGGUACCGAUGAAGAGAGAGGGUUUUCAUUGACCGACAUGUUGAAGAAGCUGAAGAGCAUCACCGAUCCAGCCAAGGCUGCGAAGAAGCUCGCCAAAAUCAAAGAAACUGUGAAGGAGUCAGCCAACCGCCAGUACUGGCUUGAAUAUCAAGCAUUGAAGCUUAAACAUGGCAUUAAGUAG